ACCCGAGGAAGAUCCUGAGGCAAUGAGGGACAUGCGCAGUGAAAUCCUCCAGAUGAAAGCUCUGGAGCGACUCACGUCCACAGUCCAAAAUGAGCUGGCAGCAGCACUUGCUCGGAAGGCAAGAAAGUCAAUGUCCGAAGAGGAGUCCUCCGAGUCUGCUGAGAGCUCUCCACAGGAGACCCCCAAAAGCAGUGACGUCCAGGCCAAACAGGGGGGGGUGUGCGGGCUGCGGCCGCCCGACGAGCUCUCCCGCCUGGAGAUGGUCCAGAGGCUCGCCAAGGACGGCUGCCGCUUCCUCCAGAACCACAACUACCGCCUGCCCGACCGGACCGCGCCGGCUCAGGGGGAAGGUGUGGUGCGCGUGUGUCUGAAGGAGAGAGGCCAGGAUGUGCUGGUUCUCCAGAGGGUGUCGUCAGAGCGACCGUCGCCCACGACUACGGGAGGGGUGAAAGAGGAAGAUAGCGACAAGAGGUACGUGGUGGUCUCGGGCACGCCGCAGAAGAUUCUGGAGCACCUGCUCAGCGACCUGCGCCUGGACGAGCAGCAGGGGGCCACGGAGAACAGGGAAGCAGAGAUGCUUCUAGAUGACUUCCUGUUGACCUACCUGGUCUUCAUGUCAACAAACGACCUGUGCCAAGCUCUGUUGGGACAUUACUGCACCAAGCGCUGCAAAGGCAAGGAGGAGGGGAAGGAGGCCCUCUACAGGAAGCGUAAGGUACUGCACCUGGUGUCGCAGUGGAGCUCGCUCUACAAGGACUUCCUGCGCGAGGAGGAGCACGUCAAGCUCUUCAUGAAGACUCUGUACCGCUAUGUGCUGGAGGAUGUCUACGAGUUCCCGACCUUGGAGAAGGACCUGAAGGAAUUCCAGAAGCUUCUUAGGCGUCGACAUACGGUGGAUGACUACACCCCUCACCAGAAGAACAAAGCCCUCUUCCAGCAAUUGAGUCUGAAGGAGAACUGCCUCACUCUGCGGCCGGGUGCAGCCAGCGAGACCAAGGAAGUGCUGUGCCGUGUGUACGUGAGCCCCGACUCGUUCGUGAGCGUGCGCACGCGCUCCACCGUGGUGACCCAGGAGCUGCUGAGGGUGGUGGCGCAGAAGAUGGAGCGGCCGGAGGAGGACAUGAUGCUGGCCGCCGUCACCUACAGUGGAGAGAAGCGAGUGCUGCAGCCUCAUGACAGCAUCUACUCCGAGAGCCUGACGACUCCAGGCAGACUGAUGGCAUGCCGGCGGGACCUCAGUGAGAUCAUGCCUCCCCUGACGGAGUGUCCUGAGGUGGGCCAGCGACCGGUGCGACUCCUGGGCAUGAACACAUGGGACGUGUCCAUGGCACUCACCAACUUCGACUGGAGCCUCUUCAACUCUAUACACGAGCAAGAGCUGAUCCACUACACUCUGAGCCGCCAGGCCAGCAGUCGCCACACGGUGGCGCUAGAGGUGCUGCUGCAGCGCUGCAACGAGGUGCAGCAGUGGGUCAUGUCCGAGGUCCUGCUGUGCCACUCACUGGCCAAGCGGGUCCAGCUGCUCAAGAAAUUCAUCAAGAUCGCUGCACACUGCAAAGCCCAGAAGAACCUCAACUCUUCCUUUGCCAUCAUCAUGGGCCUGAACACAGCUGCGGUCAGUCGGCUGAACGUCACGUGGGAGAAAGUUCCUGGCAAGUUCAAGAAGCUGUUCUCAGAGCUGGAGCUGCUGACGGACCCGUCUAUGAACCACAAGGCCUACAGAGACGCCUUCAGGAAGAUGAAGUCCCCCAAAAUCCCAUUCAUGCCCCUGCUGCUCAAAGACAUCACCUUCAUUCAUGAAGGAAACAAGACAUUUCACGACAACUUGGUCAAUUUCGAGAAACUGCACAUGAUUGCGGACACUGUGCGUCUCAUCCGCCAUUGCCAGACAGAGCAGACAGGAAAUGAGGGCACCCAGAACUGUGGCCCAGAGGUGAAAGCCAGUAUCCACUACCUGCACAUCAUAGACAAUCAACAGACUCUGUUCGAGCUCUCGCACAGACUGGAGCCCAGAGCAUAGAAAAGGGCACCCCCUGCUGGACAUGGUGUGUAAAUACAGCCAGCUGCACCAAGUUCACAGCUCUUGACGUUUGUGUACAAAUAGCACCCUCUUGUGUUUGAAAGGACAAGCAAAGACCCUUCCGCCAUACAGUGAACAGGACCAGCUGGUCAGUGAUGCCAGCCUCAAACCAGGACAUAUGCGGGCUCACUCUGUUUGACUGACAGAAGUCAACUCAUGACUGAAGUUACUGGCACUCGUGCCGCCAGUGACCAGUUUUUCUUUUGCCAAUUUGAGGAGACACACUCAGCAACUCCUCUCAGCUCUCAACAUGAGACAUGCAGGACCUCAGUAAGGAAAGAGACUUUGAGAAAGAUGUCACGAAGAAGCCAAUAUUUAUCAAGAUGUUUAUAAGGUGCUACGGCACCAGUUUAGACACCGAGGACCUCACUAAUGGACCUGUUAGCAGGCAGACAGUUGACCUGUGGCUUGCCUGAUUGAGAAAAAAAAGAUAAAUAAAAACCAUGCUUGUCCUAUCAUGUCACAAAUCCAUAGGCUACACAGACAAAAUGCCUCCCCACCUCCAGUGUUGUAUUUUUGCUUUGUUUUAUGUGAUGUAAGACUCAUCCUUAACUAACAUUUUUAUCCUUUGGUUUGAGGAUCUCACUGGUUGGAUUGGAAGCACUGAUACAUUGGCUCAGUUAAAUGGAAUCAUGUGAGGUUCAGUUAAAUGUGACAUUCCUUAUAGAACUGCAGAGAUAUCAACGCAAUAGUGGGCAGAGGUUGUAAUAUAGAAACAUUAUUUCAUUCCUUCGUCACUACUCUCUGUCGUUGUCUUUAUUUUUGGUGGUCCACAAGUUACAUUUUGAUGUUACAUGAUGGUGUCCACCAGCUGUGCAUGUGCAGCGAAGGGGAUCAUAUUGCAUCGGCCAAUUUUCAAUUUUCACUUUUGUACAAAGACAUAUGUAUAUUUGUACACAUAUUUGUUGUUACGGAAAGCCAUUGGCAGUGUUACUUCACAGAUGGGUCAACCAUAUUCUUUGCCAGGAUUGUGUGUUCGGAGAAGGGAGGGUGUGUGUGUGUGUGUGUUUGUUUGUGUGUGUGUGUGUGUGUGUGUGUGUGUGUGUGUGUGUGUGUGACGUGUGUGUGUAUGAGAGAGAGAGAGAGAGAGAGAGAGAGAGAGAGAGAGUGUGUCUGUGUGUAUGGGGGAGGGUUUAUUUGGAUAGCACGUUGUCUGUUGGUGUGUAUUUGGCUGUGGUGAGGCGCACGACUCUGCCACAUGGUUUGUUUUGGUAGCGCCAUCGGGAACGGCAACAGCUUUCCUCGCGGCGAUCGAUGAUGUCACGUGCUAAGAAAAUGUCCUACACUCACAUUGCUAUUUGCACUUGUGUUUAAUUUACUUGUUUAGUUUUGUUUUCAACAGUCUGCUUUUGUAAAAUAAUGUGCAAGAAUGUAUAUAGAUUUAUAAUUGUUCUGUGGUGAAACAUUGAAAUUGUGUUUCUUUGGUUUGUGCCAAUACAUUUAAGUGGGAGAACGAUGCAAUAUAAACCAUGUAAACAGUUGUAAUGCCUUACCCACGCUUUGUACACCUCUAUGAUGGAUGCCAUUCACUCACGUAUAUUUUCACAUCUGAUCCCAGAGCAUUGACCUGUGCCACUUUUGGGAGACUUGACCUUAAUGCUGACCUUCAUUUGUUUAAUUAAGACGAUAAUCUCACUCUUGUUGGAUAAGCAUAAAUAAUAAAUAAUAAUUAACAAUCUGACAUAAAAUUGUCAAUACUCAGGAAAACACAUAACAAUGAUCUUUUGAAUAAGGACAUUUUUUGCGACUUAAUAUAAGCCAUGGUUAGUUGUAAUAUAUAUUUUGCAAAAUUUUAAAGACACAAACAAAUUCAGAAAAAUUAAAAUGUCAACCGAGCUUUGGCAACAUCAGUGAGUCUUUGGGAUUUUGUGCUUCUGCUUUCUAAUCCUCUGCAUCCUGUAAUUUGUGAGGUUUCUUGUGGGUGUUUUAAUGACCCUUUGUGGACUUUGUGUACAUCUGCAAAUGUGUUGUAUCACUAAGUGAACAGGACAAAGAAUCCUUAUUUAUAUAUCUAUUUUGUUUGUUUGUUUGUUUGUUUUAAUUUAUGUGUCAAUGCGAAGACUAGUGGAAUCGCAAACGCGUCUUCUGUUUUCUGUUUAUUUAGUAAAGAAACAGUUUUGUGUUGAUAUCAUGAUGGCAACAGACUGAUCUGAUCAGAUUGGAUCUGGGUGGUUUCUCAAGCAUGGUUUUGUGACACACCUGGCAAAAUGACCUCAAAGAGUUAAUUGGUAAACCUCCUCAUAGCAGAGCUCUAUGGUUUCAUUUUGUUAGGGGGGGAAAAGGUGUAUCGCUUCAUUUAUGAGGUUUAUCACUUACUCUGAGUUCAUUUGCCAGGUUUGUUACAUAUUUGGAGUAGCCCCGGGCCCUGAUCUAGUGAUUCUGGAGAAUCCGGAACGGUAAUCUCACUCUUGUUGGAUAAGCAUGAAUGGAUCCGGGACAGAAGCAGCCCAGUUAUUGUUCCAAUCCAGUCCAGGUCCGCUGCUACUGAUGUCCUCUACGCUGUGGAUGUUGCUGUGCCUUCUCCUCUUCAUGUAGAGAGAGUGGGCACUGAAGAUGAUGAUGAUGAUGAUGGUCUUGAAACGAUUGUGACAUGCCGUGUGAUGCCAUAACAGAAUGUUAUACUAAUGUUCUAUACUGUUCUGUUCGGGGGGGAAAAAAGUUGCUAAGGCGGUUUGCAUGGGGUCUAAAGUCAGUGCCCACUGAAACACAAUAAGAAUGGAAACAAAAAAAAAGUCUUUGUCAGCAGAAAGUGUAAAUAUAAAUAUGUUUAAAAUAUUAUUUAUGUUUUAAAAAAAGAAAAUGUUGCAAAGCAAUACAGCCAUGGUGUAUUCACUUUCCCAGUUCUUGUUAUAAAAACACACACCUGUUUUCUAAAGUAUGCAUUUUUACUCUGAUGUAAAUGAGCAAAUAAACCAUUUAUGUAAUGUU